AUGACAAAUUUUCUUGAUUCUGAGACAGAGGAAAUGCUUUCUGUAAUAUCUUACUGUUCUUUCACUGAUCCACAAGAAUCCCCUUCACUACAAGAUUUAAAGAGGCUAAAACUCAUCCAACUCCUUUCCAUCAUCAAGACUCUCAUUAGACCACUUGAUGAUCAAGUACUGUCACCCCUUUUCAUAAUGUUGUCAUCUAAUCUUUUUAGGCCUCUCCCUCCACCAAUUCAUUCUGCCGUCUCAGUAUUACUGGAUGACGAUGAUCUUAUCAGCAAUCCAACACCCUCCUGGCCACAUUUGCAAAUAGUUUACGACAUUUUCCUCAGGAUUGUCAGUAGAACAAGUGUUGAAUCGCUUCGUAUCUACAUAGACCAUGCUUUCCUCCUUAGUCUCCUCACGUUGUUCCAAUCUGAAGAUCAAAGAGAACGCGACAACUUAAAGAAUGUGUUCCACAGAAUCUAUUCAAAGUUAACAUUCUACAGACCAUUCAUGAGAAAGACUAUGCAUGAUGUAUUCUUGCACUAUGUUUUCGAGACUGAUCAAAGGCACCCUGGAAUCGGAGAGCUUCUUGAAAUAUGGGGCACAAUUAUAAAUGGAUUUAGUGUUCCUUUGAAAGAAGAACACAAGUUUUUCUUGAAUAGAGUUCUUGUCCCUUUGCAUAAACCAAAAGGGAUGCAAGUUUAUCAUAGGCAGUUGACUUAUUGUGUAUCUCAGUUUGUGCAAAAAGAGCCUGAGCUUGGUGAGGUUGUUAUAAGAGGCAUAUUGAAGUACUGGCCAAUUACCAAUUGCCAGAAGGAAGUUCUGUUUAUCGGUGAAUUGGAAGAACUUGUGGAGACUGUUGAUCCACAAUUGUACAAGGAACUUGCCCUGCCUUUGUGCACCAAAAUUACCAAGUGUUUAAACAGUUGGAACUCGCAGGUUGCUGAACGCGCAUUGUAUGUGUGGAACAAUGAGCAAUUCUGGAAGAUGUUAUCACAAGCAAUGGAAGAAGUCUUUCCAGUUCUAGUGGAAGGGAUGGAGAAGAACUUGCAAGGACAUUGGAGCAAAAGUGUUAAGGAAUUGACGGAGAAUGUGAAGGGAAUGCUGGAAGCUCUAGCACCAUUUCUCUAUUCCAAGUGCCUUCUACAGCUUGAAAUCCAAGAAGCCAGUGAACGCAUAGAAGAGAUGAGAAGGAAAGAAAUUUGGGAAAAAAUUGAAAAUGCAGCAAUGUGA